UAAUAUCUUUGUCCAACAGCUGACGCUCAUACGAACACCGACAGGAGAAUGUAGAAAAUGCGAUCGCGAUUAAUCUACGGAGGGAUUCGAAUUGAAGGAACUGUGAUUAAAAACGAUUUAUACAUCUCAUUUCACUUUAGUGAAGAAAGUGUAUGUUGUACUUAACAGCCGAGGAUCUUAAAAGUAGUGAGGUGGACAAUUGUUUUGAAAUUUAAACUAAAUGUUUUCAUGAACGUAACAUAACUAAGAAAAUGCAGGACAUAGUCUCAAGAAAUUAUUCGUCAGUGUCACCAGAACGAUGCCAAUUAUCGUUCGACAACCAGACUAAAGUCGUGUGAAUCAUGAAGAACAACCUGGCGCCUGAUUUCACGACGGACAACGAGAUAUACAAAGACGUAGUCAUUGUAGGAAAUGGCCCAUCGGCUAUGGCACUUUCGUUUCUACUGUCAGGAAACUUACCAUAUUACACUGGUGGAGAGCAUCCAGAUGAAAUGUUAACUGCUCGGCUGAGGGUUACGUCACUUGAUGUGACACUGUUGGAUCAAGAUUUGGAAUUCCUGUCUCAGGGACUAGAGGGACGGUCACAAAACCCUGUUGCAGUGUUGAUGGAUAGCCUGGCUCGACCAGGAGCUGACGUUGGCUUGGAGAUUGAUCCUUUGGUACAAUACAGACGUGCACCAACAGGACGGCAGUUACCCUCUUACAUUGCACUGGGACGUGGGCCUCCAGGUGGUGUAUGGCAACGCGUUGAUGGACAAGUGCUAGCACUGUCUCCAGCUUCUUGGAUGUCAUUGCCAGGAGUUCCCCUGGAAGGGAGUGGGCGUCCUCCUGCAGGAAGGGUUGCACAGUAUCUUGCUGCAUAUCCUUCUAUAACAGGAAUCAGUGACAAUUUCCACUCAGGAGUAGAUGUAACACGCAUCUCUCCUCCUCCUGUUGCUGAAAGUUCUGACAAGCUGUGGAGGGUGGAAGCAACUGAUGGUCGUGCAGUAUUUAAUUACAAAUGCAGGACAGUGGUCCUGGCAACUGGAGCACAUGAUGUACCUAAUCAAUUGGGAGUGCCUGGUGAAGACAGCUUGCAAUGGGUUUUCCAUGAUGCCGCCUCCUUGGAGCGAGCUCUUGACUGUCCUGGUAUGAUAGGCACUGGCGUAAACCCUGUGCUUAUCGUAGGUGCAGGGUUGAGUGCUGCUGAUGCUGUCAUAGCUGCCCGCUUCCGUUCUCUUCCAGUCCUACACGUGUUUCGGAGGCGUCUUGAUGCACCGCUGUUUGAUCAUGUGCUGCCUGAGAAUGUUUAUCCUGAGUACCAUAAGGUACGUCAAAUGAUGGCUGAUGGAGGUCACUGUUACCCAAGGUACCAGGCUCUGGCAGAUGCUGCUGUAUUGGAGUUCUCUGAGGAAGGGACAGGUUCACAGGCUGUUCGAUCAGUGCUUAUUCGUGGAGCGGACGGGAAAAGAGAGCGAGUCCAAGUGUGUGCUGCUGCUAUCCUGACUGGUGCUAGGCCUGAUCUCUCAUUUAUUCCUGAAGAGCUUGUGGCACAACUUACAUGUAAUUCAACAAAGCCAGUGGAUCCACGUCGUAAUCCAAUUGCUGUGGAUCCUUACACUCACAAAGUGCUCCAUGCUCCUUCAGGUCUUUACGCUUUAGGACCUCUUGUCGGUGACACCUUCGUGCGAUUUGCUGCUGCUGGAGCCCAUGCUGUUGCUGCAUCUCUGCUUGGUGACCUUACGUAACCAACAUAAGGGAUGAAACUUGGUUGACUUUCUUAUUGUGCUAUGAAAACACCAACGGGUAACUUGCCAGCUACUACAGUGGCAUCUGUGGAUCGCUGUAUAUAAAUUCAACAUGUCUGUGAUAUUAUUUUAUUAAUUUCCUGUUGUGUAUAAACUGAUCCUUGAUGUGACAAUGGUAUUCUGAUCAGAUACUGAAUGAUUUUGUAAAUAUGUGUGUAGGAUAUAGUUUUUCAUAUUGUCAGUCCUAUGUUUACUGACUCUAAUAUUGAGUCCAAAAUCAGUAUAUUAAUGCAGCAAGCUGUAUUGGUGGGUGCUAUUUUUAUGUUCCAUGAUGCAUUGAUGUCUAUUUAUUUAUUUUCAUAUCAUUUUUAAAAUAUAUAAGCAGAAUUUUA